CCAUUCAGUUAAUAAAUAUGCUAUUACAGAUUGUUUUUAACAAAAUUAUUUUCAAAUUUUGUCUUACCGCUAGUAGUUAUCGUAGUCGAGACAGGUUUACGGAAACAAGAAUAUUUUAAUUGUUUGUAAAUAAAUCAGAUUAAUUAUUUUAAUUGAUUGCAGAACUCUGCUCGGUCAACCCGAUAUGAUUAGCUUAGCGUAGGCUAAUGACUUGAGUGCUUUCAGUUUGUAAAUAAAUGAAGUAAACAACGAUUAAGCAGCAAAUUACUGCUAUUAACCGCAUUUAUAUCAAUAAAUUAUACUAAGUAAAACAAGCUAUAACCUAUCGUGUGUCUUGUAUACUUCAAUAUCAAUAUACUUGAAAAAAUUUUUGGACACAAUUCUUGGAUAUAAUUCAUAAUUUUUUGAUACUCGUGUUUUUGCAUUGAAAAAGAAUUUCUUUUGUGAAAUUUAAGAAAAAUAUCAGCUUGCUACAAACAAAGAAAAUUUUUAAGAUACAUUGACAUAAUAUCGAGCAGCAGCAAUAACAACAACAACAACGAUAACAUCACCAUCAAUUACAACAAGCAGCAACUGCAAUAACAACAACAGCAGCAUUAACGACAAUAACAACAACAGUAACAUUAACAACGACAAUUACUGCAACAAUAAAAGCAACAACUACUGUAAUAGUACUUGAAUGUAAAUGAGGAACUGUACAUCAAUCUAAACUUUCUAUUUACAUUUUUUGAAUCUAAAUAUAUAAAGAUUUAACUUGACAGACAAUGCAGAAAUUGCGUAUUAAUAUUUUGUGCCAAAUUUUUGCAGCAUGUUUAUUCAAUUGUUUUGCAAAUGAUUAUACACUGCAAGAGAUUGUUUAUCCUAAAGUUUUGUACAAGAAAACAGACAGAAGGCAAAGAAGAAGUUUAACGGAUGGACAAGAAUCAGAGCUAGAUAAAUCAAAAGUAAAUGUUCAGUUUAAUGCUUUGGGAAGAAGUUUUCAAGCACACCUUUUGCUAAAUAAAAGGUUAUUAGCACCUAGUUUUCAUGUUGAAGUUAUUGGAGAGCAUAAUCAAUCUAAUAAAAACUAUCAAACAGAAAAUUGUUUUUAUUCUGGGCGAUUGGACAAAGAAAAUAAUAGUUUAGUGUCACUAUCAACUUGCAAGGGACUGAAUGGAGUAAUACAGACAAGUACUGGGAAGUACACAAUUGAGCCAUUAUCAAAUAACGAAAAUGAAUCCCAAAAUCAAGCGCACAUUGUAAAGCGGUUGUCUGAUGAUCUUCAUGAUGAUUUGCAUAGAAAUGGCAAUGAAAUUCUAAAAGACUUUUUCAAAUAUUCUGAAAUUGGAAAAGCUAAUAAAACUAAAAUAGAUGGAUUUUGUGGAUUAGUAGAGAAACCACAUGUGCGAUGGGUAAGAAGUGUUAUGUCUGAAAAAAUUGGGGAGCAAACAGUGGAAACAAUGCUAGCUGUUGAUCAAAAGAUGAUGCAGUACUAUGGAGUUGAGGCAGCUAAACAAUAUGCUCUUACACUAGCAAAUAUUGCGCAUGGCAUAUUGAAAGAUUCUACCAUUGGACAGAACACUAUAAAUUUAGUCAUAACUAAGUUACUUAUUCUGACGGCUCCAUUGGAUGAUUUGAACAUUAAUCAUCAUGCUGCUAACACUCUGCUGUCAUUUGGCCGAUGGUCAGACAAGCGAAAUGUGAAGCCAGAUCGCCCUGAACACUUUGAUUAUGCUGUUCUUUUAACAAAGCAUGAUAUAUGUGUGGAUAUGAACCAGCCAUGUGAAACUAAAGGUCUAACAUUUGUUGGAGGAAUGUGUGAUCAUGCAAGAUCAGCAGCAGUUGUAGAGGAUAAUGGCUUUGCUUCUGGGUACACACUGGCUCAUCAAACAGGGCACAGUCUUGGAAUGGAUCACGAUGGAACUGGUAACACAUGUGAUAAGAGUCUGUAUGUCAUGUCCAGAGAUGGUGGAAAAGGAGAGUCUGCAUUUCAUUGGUCUUCAUGUAGUAUGGACUACUUGCAGGAGUUUCUUCGAAAACCUCAGUCUCAAUGCAUUGAAAAUGACCCUCACAGUAUCAAAUACGAAGAUAUUUUCUCAAAUCCUGGCGUGGUUUAUGACAUUAAUGCACAGUGUCAGUAUGCUCUUGGUCUACUAUCAAAAGCUUGCACACCAGAGCAAGUUUGUCAAGAGCUUUUAUGCUACCACCCAAAUAACAUGUCAUGUUUACAAGUUAACACUCCAGUAUUAGAUGGAACCUCUUGUGGAAUCAACCAGUGGUGCAAAUCUGGCCGAUGCGUGAAGAUAGGGGUUGUGCCUACUUUUAUUGUUGGUGGUAACUGGGGCCAGUGGUCAGAAUUUCAAGAAUGUUCAAGAAGUUGUGGAGGAGGUGUUGCGUACAGAGAAAGAAAGUGUCUUACACCAAUCUCUAGAACAAAUGGAAAUUAUUGUGUUGGGGAUACACGAAUGUACGCAAUUUGCAACAAAGAACCAUGCGCUAAUGCUAUAAACUAUAGAAAGAUUCAGUGUGAAAAUAAAGGCUUAACAUUUGCUGGUGAUCAAAAAUAUGCAUGGACUUAUCAUAGCAAUCUACCAGAAUCCAGUUGUAAUUUAAAAUGUGCAUCAUUGGAUGGAUUAGUUAGUCAAGAUUUCGGACAUGUUUUGGAUGGUACAGAGUGUGCUCUCUCAAAUGUGCUUGGCAGAUGUAUUCACGGAAAGUGUAAUGCUGUUGGUUGUGAUAUGUUGCUUGGAUCCAAUAGCAUAAUAGAUCGUUGUGGUAUUUGUGGUGGUGAUGGGAAUCUCUGUGAAAAAAUGUUAAACCUUUCUCUUAAUCCUUUAGUUGUAUCAAGAAAUUUGUUAAAUAAAAACAUUUUUGAAAAGAUUGAGGAAGUCAAUGAAGCAGGAAACAAACGCCAUUUACACAGUUUUCAUAAUAAUUACUUACAACUAAGAGCUGUAAUGCAUGAAAUUGCACAAAAGAAAUGUGGUGAUGAUGUAGAAUGCAUCAAAAGUGAACUUGUGUCAAAAAGAACAAUUUUACCCCCAGAAACAAAAAUGUUCAUUUGGGUGUCUAGAUCACUUGGUUGCAGUGUGUCUUGUGGCACAGGUACAGAAGUAUUUCAGCCUGAAUGUCGAAGGUCUGAUGAUGGAUCUGCAGUUUCAAUGAAUUUUUGUGACCAGCUUACUAAACCGUCAAUACUUUCAAGAGCCUGUGGAGUUACUCCUUGUUUGCCAAGAUGGUCUGAAUCUGCUUGGAGUGAUUGUACUAAGUCAUGUGGAGGAGGGACAAAAGUGCGCACUAUUGACUGUUUAUUGCAAAAAGACAAUGAUAUAUAUAUUUUGCCUGCAACUGAAUGUAAUACUUCACAACGACCAAGACAUCUUGAAACUUGUAAUUUGAUACCAUGUCCUCCAGAAUGGUUUGCAGAGCCAUAUGGCCCUUGUUCAUCCUUAUGUGGAAAAGGUUUACGCACUAGGAGCGUUGUGUGUCGUUCUGAGAAUAAACUUGAAAAAAAAUGGGUUGUUCAUCCUAAUGAAGAUUGUUCUAAUAUUUCGAUCCCUGAAACAGAAAUGAUUUGCAAUGCAAACAAUCCGUGUCCUGGAGAUGCAUCGUGUGGAGGUCGCUGGAAUGAAAAGAACGGAACUAUUACAAGCCCUGGGUUUCCUGGGUUUUACAAUAAUAACCAACUAUGUAUGUAUGAAAUAAAUGUUUCAAAAGGAAAAGUUAUUGCUCUUAAAUUUUUAGUAUUGGAUAUUACAACACCUUCGUCGGUUUGUACAAGUGAUUAUUUGAGGAUAUUUGAUGGUCGUUGUGAGGACCAAAGUAAGCCUUCAGUAGAGUUUUGUGGCAAACAACUUCCUUCUGAUUAUAUAUCGACAUCUGAAAAUUUGUGCUUGAAGUUUGUCAGUAAUUUUGGAACGACUGCACAGGGAUUUAUGAUAAACUACACUGAAGUAGACAGUCAUCAACAUCUUGUCUCAGACGUGUGUGACAUUAAAGACCAAGUCAUCAAUGCGCCCUUAGGUAUAGUGACCUCGCCAAAUUAUCCUAAAGAGUAUCCGACAAACGAAAAUUGCCGAGUAUCUUUUGAAUCUCCAGAUAAUUCAGGUUAUUUCUUGAAAAUGGAGGUAUUUGAUAUUGGGACUAAGAGAAAAAGCGACUCUUCAUGUAAAAAUGAUUACGUUGAGCUUUUUUAUGACGAAAAAUCAGAAAAGCUAUGUGGUAAAACAUCCCAUACAGUUCACAUACCUACUGCGAAAUUCACGUUAAGUUUUCAUUCCUCAGCGCGUAAAUAUUUUAGCAAGGGAUUUGUGUUUGUGUUUAUCACUGAAAAAUUUCGAUCAGGAUUAGGCGUUAAAGAAAAUCGUUUCAGUAAUUUUUACACUGGAUUACUAGAAACACAACACAAGUACGCAUCAAAGUCUAACGCUAGUUUGUUGAAAGUCUCUUCACAUCCAAUGCUUUUUCCAAGUAUGAAAAAUGUCAAUCCUUCUCACACAGAAGAUACUCGAGCGAUUAGCGAUCCGAUGGAACUUACUAAAAUCUUACACAAACUAGUGACUGAUGAUACAUCUAAGUUCUCACGUCCUCCUGAUGCAUCAAAACUAAAAGAUUGGUCUCUCGUGGUCAAAAAAUCUUUAAUACCGCGACCUUCCUUAAGUGGUAACGCAAAAAUAAUAAAUAGCGAGGCAUUUUUUAAAUCUCCGCACUUAGACUCUUCCCAAAAAUAUGGAUUAGGCUAUUUAUCUCCAGCGACACACGAAGACGACGUUGCUAACAUCUAUAAACUGAAUCAUAAGCUUCCUGGACCAAUUAAUCCUUCUAGUUAUUACUUCAAACCUUACUUUCCUAACCAAGACAGUUUGAGGAAAAGUAUAUUACCCGCAUCUAAUAAAUUUCUUUCUCAACCAAAUUUUCUUCAGAAGACAACGUUUUCAGAUGUUUUACCUUACUUGAAUCAAGUAAAUUUUAAUACAAACCAGCCUUACGUUUACGAACAAUUUUAUCCGAAACCAUUAUUUUUGCAAAAUAAUUUGGAAAAUUUUGCUACUUCUGUUCCUUACAGCUACGCAUACUCUUACCCCAUUUAUCAUUCAGUCAUUACUCCACAAAUUAACAAAGGAAUUUCACAGCACAUUGAUAGCAGCAGUGGACCUAACGUAGUAUCCAAUUUACAACAUGUUAAUAGCCGCAGUGCGCCUAACUUAUUACCCAAUUUUCAUUCAGUUUUAGUUCAAAACAACGAAUAUAACGGGUACACAACUCCAUUAAAUUUAGACAAAUUAAAAAAAACAACUUUCAGCUACUUGCCCAAUCUUGAAAGAAGUACAAUAAUAAAACCGGACAAUUUGAGACGACCUAAAUUUAGUUACACUAUUGACUCGCAUAUGUAUAGUGACGAUUUGUCAAUGUUUGGAGAUAGAGAUUCAGCAAGUGUCGAAACUCUUAACUUCCCCUCGUAUAAUGAUGAGUUAGUAAAACGUACAUUACAUUCUUCAACUGACACAGUUAAGAGAAUCAUCAGUAAACCUUUGGCAUCAGAACAUUUUACACAUAACAAAUUAGUUUCAGGUGGUAAUACUCCAUUGUUGAAGUUUACACUAGAUGUAUCAAAUAACUAUAACAAAGUAUCUUCGAAUAGUGAUAUUCCGUUGUCAACAUUUGCGCUAAGCGAUGCGUCGAAUAACUAUAAUAAAUUACUUCCAAAUAAUGACGCUCCUUUGUUGAAAUUUACACCAAGCAAUGGAUUAAGUAACUUUAAUAAAGUUUUUUCAGGUGGAGAAGUUCUGCUAUCGAAGCUUGCAUUGAAAAGCGAUGCAUUUAGUAAUGAUAACGAAAUACCUCAAAGUGGGUAUGUUCCGUUAUCAAAAUUUGCAUUAAGCAACGGAUUGAGUAAUUCUAAUAGGAUACUUCCAGGUGGUGAAAUCCCGUUGUCGAAACUUACGCUUAGCGAUGCAUUAAACGUUGAAGCGAAAACUAAAAAUCUCAUAAGUAAAUUAGCAUUAAAAAAAUCAAUGACUCCCAACGACUUAAAUCUUUACAAAAUUGUAAACAAUGAUAAUAUAAUAGUGCGAUAUCCUUUUAAAAGUGAUGUUCCAGUAAAAAAAACUAACGGUUUUAGUGUAAUCAAAGAAACUUCAAGAGUUAUGUAUCCUAGAAGUCUAGAUAAGGAUGGGAAAAAUUCACAAAAAAAUUUACACCAAAUAAUGCAAAAUCAAACAAAGGCAUCUUACAAAACGGCUAAAAUGAAAAAGUUUGUUUCAUAUAUCCAUGACUGGGAGAAUAGAAAUUCAGACGGUAAAGUUUGGAAUUCUCCAUCUCGUCACAAAAGGCAGUAUCCUCUUUCUUUUCAAUUUGAGCCAUCAGUAAAAUUAAACAGCAAAUGUCCACCAAAAGAAACAAUAUCAUGUCUUGAAGUUGUUUCUCAAGUUUCGUGUAAUCAUGACAGUGAGUGUCUGGAUUUAAGGUUAGGCUGUUGUCAAACCAGUUGUGCACAGCAAGAGUUUAUAUGCCUUACUAAAGAAAACUAGCUCGUUUUUAUUAUUUUUCACAUUAUGAAAAUUCCAUGGGAAUGUCACAUGAAAAUUCAAUGUUUUUAACUGGUACAACUAACCAAUUCGAAGUUUAUAAACUGCCUGUAAAUAUGUAUUGAAUUAAUUUGUAAAUUAUUGUGUCUGUCUACAGGUUAGACAUGUUUUAAACAUUAUAUAUAUACAUAAGUAAAAAAAAAACGACUAUAUUUUUUAAAAUAGUUUUAACGUUUAUCGGGUUAUUUAAACGUAGUUAAGACGUGAACGUAAUUUGAACGUAAUUAUGACAUAAUUAUAACGUAAUUUGAUCGUAACUAUGAUGGUUAUAACGUAUUUUUAGUAGCUUAAAAUUUUUCAUUUUACUUUAACUUUUUUUAAAUAAUUGUAAUUUUUUAAAUAUAAUUGUAGGUUAUUUUUUUUUUUUUUACAAUGAUUAAUUACUGAUAAUUUUAACGCUUUUAUUAUAAUUUGUUGACUUUUUUUAAAGACAAUUUUCACGUUUUUUUGACCGUUUUUGAAAUUAAAAGAUGAGCUUUUAUGUUUUUGAUUAUAAGAAAUGUAUUAUAGUCUUUUAUAUUAUGACGUGAAUUUUUUAUUACUCUGUACUUUGUGUAAAUAAACAAUUGAGUGAAAAAAUAAA